AAUAGAUGACAAUAAUUUUUCGGACAGAUUGCCCAUUCGUAGAUGCAUGCAUGUGUCUCAACCCAUGAUUAAAGGUUACUGGAGAGAAAAACAUUUACAACCAGCCUGUCUUUUCACCGCUAUUCUUAGACCCUCUUUGGCUGAGAGAGGAGAGGAGAGGAGAGAAGAGAGAGGAAUAGAGAGGGAGAGGGCCGGGAAAAGACUGGCAGAAUCGCAAUGAUGCCCAGCUGGCCGAUCCCCCAGCUGGAGCCCAGCCAGAUCAGGCUGAUAGUCUACCAGGACUGCGAGAGGCGUGGCAGAAAUGUCCUCUUCGACUCCAAUGCCAAAAAGAGAGGCACGGAGGAAACCCCUAUCACAAGCACUGAGGCCCAGGUGAAGAUGUUCGGGAAAUGCUGCCAGCUCCGUCCUACAGGAGGCAGCAGCAGUUCCCUGGACAGCUCCUCCUCCUGCACCUCCGAAACCAAGGAAACCAAGGAGCAGGGCCUGCGCUUCCAGGGUUCGAGGUGUUCGUCUGAUGUGGCAAUGCUGGGGGAAAUGAUGUUCGGCUCUGUGGCUAUGAGCUACAAGGGUUCAACGCUAAAAAUCCAUCAGAUCAGAUCGCCACCUCAGCUGAUGCUGAGUAAGGUUUUCACCGCCAGGACGGGAGGCAGUGUGUACGGCAGCCUCAACACGUUACAGGACAGCCUGGAGUUCAUUGGGCAGGACAGCAACACACUAAGGCCUGAUCAAAACACAGGGGCCAACAGUCUGCUAGGGAACAUUGGAUUUUCUCAGCUCUGCAGCCCUCGACGGGCCUUCUCUGAACAGGGCCCUCUGCGCCUCAUCAAGAGCGCAUCUUUCUUUUCAGGUCACAGUCACCCUAUGGACAUGCCUGGCCGAGGGCUUUACGACGAGAGGGACAGUGGCAUCGCCAGGUCAGCCUCUCUGAGCAGCCUGUUGAUCACUCCCUUCCCAUCUCCUGGCUCUUCCUUGACCAGCAGCUGUGCAUCCAGCUACCAGCGCCGAUGGCUCCGUAGCCAAACCACCAGCCUGGAGAAUGGCGUCUUCCCUCGAUGGUCAGUUGAGGAGAGCUUCAACAUGUCUGAUGAAAGUGGUGGACCAAGCCUUGGUGUGGCUCGGAAGAAGAAGAUUGCCAUCGGAGUUAUCUUCAUGCUGUCCCCCAACCCGGAGGAGAACAACCGCUUCCAGGAUUUCUUUUUCUCGCACUUCCCUCUUUUUGAAAGCCACAUGAACAAACUCAAGAGCGCCAUCGAACAGGCCAUGAAGAUGAGUCGGCGGUCAGCCGAUGCCAGCCAGAGGGCCUUGGCUUACAGCCGAAUGGUGGAAGGUCUCAACGAGUUCAGGAUGACCAUCUGCGACCUCUACACCAUGCCCCGCGUGGCUGAGCCCGUCUGGUUGACCAUGAUGUCUGGAGCAUCGGAGAAGAACCAGCUCUGCGGGCACUUCAUGAGGGAGCUCUCCCUGUUGAUGGAGCAGGCCUCCAAGAACCAAUUCCUCCCUGCAUUAUUGACAGCCAUCCUGACCAAUCAUCUGGCCUGGGUUCCCACAGUCAUGCCCAAUGGGCAGCCUCCAAUCAAGAUCUUCCUCGAGAAACACUCUUCCAAAAGCGUCGACAUGCUGGCAAAGACGCACCCCUACAACCCGCUGUGGGCACAGCUAGGUGACCUGUACGGGUCCAUUGGGUCACCGGUACGACUCUCGAGGACAGUGGUAGUUGGGCGCAGACAGGAGCUCGUCCAGAGACUCCUCUAUGUCCUCACCUACUUCAUCCGCUGCUCCGAGCUGCUGGAAACACACAUGCUGGACAGUGCUGAGGAUGAGGCCAUCGUGAUGCCCGGCUCCCUCAUUACAACUUCUCUAAGGAAAGGAGAGGUUGAGGAGUCGGACUACGUCCUGGUUACCGUCCAUAAACCCAGUGGUGACUACUUGUCCCAUGGGGCCCACAGCCGACCAACGGAGGCAGAGGACAGCAGCUACCGUUCAGACAACAGCCUCCAGAGCAGCACAUACACAGACGCAGAGGUGGAGCACGGGGCUAGGGACACACCCAAGGAGGAGGAUGAGGAUCAGGAGGAUGAGGAAGAUGAGGACAGCAGCGAAAGUCAAGGGUCCAGGAGCAGUGUGCUUCAAACAGAAUACAGCCAGGGUAACAACCCUGUUAUCAGGACUACAGAAGCAGCAGAAUCUGGCGAGCUGCACCGGGAGACGAGCAGCCCGCUGGCCACUGAAGCCCGACUGGAAACAGUGCUCCGUGUUGGCUCGGCUUCACCCAGGGAGCAGGUCUGUGUGCUGGAUACAGAGACCAAGGGUGACCUGAAACUUAUCGUCCCAUCCAUACCUACAGUGCUUGCAUCAAGUGCAUCUCCAAGUCCUGUCACCGCAGAGGGUAAAAACUCUGAGGCAGAGGCUGGAGUGGAUGCAGGCAUUGGGAACCAGCCCACCAGACUGCUGGCUCCUCGGUCUUUGGGGAUCCCUCUAGAGAAAAAGCCCCCAGAUAAGAACAUGGCUGCUGCAGUGCCAGUACCUGUGAUGGGGCCGAUGACUUUGACUCUGACAGAAGAGGAGGAGCCAGCGACAAAAGUCACUUUCCUCAUCGGAGACUCCAUGUCUCCUGAGUCAGACACAGAGAGCCGCAGGAAGAAGGUGGAGGAGGAAAUGAAAAAGCACAGGAAACACCUCAAGGACAAACAUCUACUUGCCCAGCAGCUGCUGCUGCAACAAUCGCACCUGCAUAGAGGAGCAGAUUCAAAGACCAGCAACACCAGUGCAUCAGAGGACCAAACCAAACAGACCAAGGCGGCUCCAGCCCUGCAGCGGGUGUCCAGUAAGUGGAGCCCAAACUGUAUGGAUGAUUUCGAUGAGUAUUUCAGCCCAGAGAACCCCGUGGAGACAAGGACUAUAGAUGAUUUGGCUAAACGACAUGGGGGCAGCACCACAGACAGUAUGCGCAAAGACUUGCUGGACCCCUCGGGAGUCCCAAGGCCUGGUGAACUUGGGUGCUUCAAGGUUGCAGGCAGGAGCCAUGGUUUGGGUCUCUGUUUAGGUUCAGGUAAUGGAGAGGCAGGCUCCAGUAGGAAGAGAGACACUUUGCUGGAUGUUCAGAGAAGGUGCAGGUGUGGGUCAACAGAUUCAUUCGACAACUGCUGCUGCAGGGGCUGUUCUGCUGAGCAGGACCAGGGUCUUCUGCUGUCGGUCCCCGUCCCCCAGGACGGAAGCAGCAACAGCAAAGAGGACCAAAAGCGUAAAGAGCCCGUCAGUGACUGGGAGAUACCACGCAACGAGAGCUCUGACAGCGCACUGGGAGACAGCGAGAGUGAGGACACAGAGGACUGGCAGGAGGAGGUGCUGGUGCCAUUCCCGGGGUCAAAAUUGGUUGAGAACUACUCAAAGCCAACCAUUGCAAACUUCGGCCGCUCUCUGUUUGGAGGCUACUGCCCCACCUAUGUGCCAGACUUUGUCCUGCAUGGGGUACCCAGCGACGAGAAGCUCCGGCAGAGCCUCAUGGCGGAAUUAACCCACGCUGUUCAGCAUCCAGUUUUGGACGAGCCCAUAGCAGAGGCCGUUUGCAUUUUAGCAGACACAGACAAGUGGACGGUGCAGGUGGCCAGCAGUCAGAGACGAGCCACAGAUGUCAACAAACUGGGGAAGGAAGUCCUUGUGUCCAGCCUGGUGUCCAGCUUAUUGCAGUCCACUCACCAGCUCUACAAACUCAACCUCUCACCCAACUUUUGUAUAAUGCACCUUGAGGAUCGCCUGCAGGAAAUCUACUUUAAGAGUAAAAUGCUUGCUGAGUAUUUGAAGGGCCAGACGAGAGUCCAUGUGAAAGAACUGGGCAUGGUCUUAGGCAUUGAGUCCAGUGACCUUCCCCUGUUGGCCGCAGUGGCCAGCACUCAUUCUCCCUACGUGGCUCAGAUCCUGCUAUGAGACUAUAAAGGCACGGAGGUCACACGCAAGAGAUCUGCCCAAGGAAACCUGUCAGACGUGGGCGGGGCCACUUUGGCCCAAAGAACGGCCAUCCAAGCUCCGCAGCUGAGCCCCCACCCCCCGACAUGUUUCCCUGACCCGUGGGCCUGGGCUAAGUGGGAUCCUUUCUCUGAGCCUGAGUAGUGCACAUCUUUACGGACCACAGCCGGCGCCUCCCCUCACCACACUGCUGCUGAAUUUGUUGCAAUGCUGAUGUUGCACCACAGGGUGGAACUAGAGACCACAGUCCCACAGGCGGAGCGGGGCUCGAAGCAUCCCUGAAACGACCUUCUCCUGUUGUUUGAAUGUUUCUGGACGCUUUUUAUUUCUGGACACAGAAGCCAAAGACUUUACUAAUUUUUCCAGUUGAGAAUGAAACUUUAAGAUAUCUAAGAUAUCUUCAGUAUAACAGCAAUGGAUUUUGUUUCUUCUACUGCUUUUUCUUUUUUUCUGUACAAUCUUAAACCCGGUCGUACAAAGUGACGGAUUUUAAAGGAAACAGAUGGACACUUUUAAACAUUGCUUUGAGGUAAAUAUCAUCGAGAACAGUAUCAAUCUUUUGCCAAUAAUGUCAUUUUGUUCAUUUUCAUGUAUUUGUUUACAAGCCAAAUUUCCCUGAGAUAUCUCAACGACAACUUUUAAUUAUUUUUUGUCAGAUAGCGAUGCACACCUGACUUUAAAGCCUAUUUUCUAGCCAUGUGGGGGCGUGCAAACGAUGCUCUCUGUGAUUUUUGGUUCAACAAAUUGGUUUUGAAAUGGCAGGAAAUGGCUUUGACAUUCUUAUCACAGGUACAGCACUACCUCAGAUCUUCAUAUGGGCAGUAGAUGACACACAUUUACAGUCAGCCCAUAGAAAACCCUGAGGUCUCCUUUUUAAGCUCUUUUAAUCAGAGGAAUGUCAGCGUCAACCUGUGUGCAGACUCUAUGCUGUGUUCUUUGAAAAAGGGAAGGCUGUUUAAUUCCUUUGGAUGGUUGUCGACACAACAAAAAAGGAAGAAAAAAACAUAGUGUUGCUCCAGAAUGUGAUUAAAGAGGAGGGGUCCCUUUCUACUGUGGAAAACUAAGACAUGCAUCACCUGCGUAUAUUUUAAAACAAAAAUGCUGAAAUAUUUUCACACUUUUAUAGCUUCCCCGCACCUUUAUACGAUGUUUACGGCUUCGAUGUUUGCUGCAGGGCGAGGAGGAGAGGAACACAGUCGGCCUUACGAUGGAUUAAAAUGUGUGUCGUUUAACACUACUUUCAAAUGUUUGUACUCAUGAAAAACACACAAAAUACAAAAUGAAAGUAGCAACGUUUUCUUCUUUUGUUUUCUUUUUGAUUUUCCAUCACGGAUAAAUGAGUUUGGUUGUGUUGUCAUGCAACCAGGGUGCGAUUUGCUGCUCACACAGCUUCUGCUCAUGGAUCCUCUCCAGGGUAUAAAGUGUAGCCUGCAGCUGCCUUAUUUCACUGUUUUCACUAUUGUUUUCGCUGUCAUCAGUUGACAGCAUUGGAAAAAAUAUAUUCUAUGUUUUCUGUAUGAUGGUUGAGAAAAUGUUUUUAAAUUCCCCAAUGACUGACUGCAUUUUUAUAAUAAUAAACAGUCAAAAGCAGAGAAGAACUCAACACGAUGCCCCAUAAUUGUACUGUGCUUUUAUCCCCUUAUGAGGAAGACGGACAAAGUUUAACUAUCCCCAAAUUUCUAAAAUUCUUACUUAAAGACUGGAGCAUGUCUGUUAAUGACCUUCAGGAUCACAGUAUGUUGAAUGGUUUAUAUUGCCAGAGCAGGAAUAACCCUGAGAACACUUUCUUUCUAUGAUCUCAAAUCGCACCCUGUAUAUGACCCGAGUCUUAAUAGGAAGCAUGAACGCAUCACAGGCUUCUGGAGAGCUCAUUUUGCUGGUAAAACUCGAUACACACACAUACAUAUGCGCUUGUUACUGUAUUGAAGAUGCUCCGCUGUAUCAGCCUACAUUUUGUACAACCCAGCCACUAUGUUUAAAAAAAGGUAUGAAUUUAUCUUCCCCUCCUCUUUGUAUGAUAAAUAAAUAAUAAUUAUUAUAAUAAUAAUAAUAAUAAUAAUAAUUAUUCAGUCGCCCACGGUUAUGUGUAACGAUUCAUGUAAACUGUACAUACUCAGUUUAUUUCCAUGUAUUUGUACAGAAUGUCUUUUAAGAAUUGUCUCUUCGAAAAAUUAUUUUUUUUUCCCAAUUUUAUGGGAAUGUUGUGCAAUAAAGAUGCCGAUGUUAAGAAUUGA